AUGGGGCGGCCACACCCGUACCUUGAGCGCCUGCCAUACCUGCCUGGCCAGUGCUGGACGGUGCCAUGCCCGUACGGCGGCGGGCGGUGUCUCCCGCGUGCGACGUCCAACCAGCGCUUCGUCAUCAAUGUUGGGCACCAAACGCUUGAGCUGACGUAUCCUUUGCUCGCAGCGAGCAUGGCUGCCGGAUCGGCGCCGGAAUCAAUCUGGUGGCAGUUUGAUGCGCUGCCCCUCACCCGCGAGCUGCUCGCACUCGCCUUUCCGAGCACGCGGCUUCACUUUGGACCAGCCGACGGCCCGCGAGGCUGCCUCACGACCAAGUCCUUCCGGCCGUCAACGCGAGGGAUGGACGUGCAUCAAGCGGGCGCGCUGCGCCGCCUCGUCUGGAGCAAGUGCGGCAUCGCUUCGCGGCCUCCUUCCGCACCGCUCCGCGUGCGCGUCCUCGACCGGCCUCGCAGCGGAGGAGGGUCAAAGAACCAGUGCCGGCUGCCCGGUCCGCACGCGGGAGGACGCCGCCUCUCCAACGCAACCGUCGCCGCCCUGCGGUCGCAGCUUCCCGUCGCUCUGCUCUCGGCGGGCGUGGCUGACGCUCCCCUCGAGGUGGUCUACCUGCCGGAUCGGCCGGACUCGCUCUGCGAUCAGGCACGAGACGCCCGUUCCGCCCCUCGCCUCCCGCGCCAACGCGCUGACGGCGCGCCUAGUCCCGCCCCCCAGGCGCGCAGGUUCGGCGAGGCGGAUGUGCUCAUCUCACCGCACGGCGCCCACCUGGUCCACAUCCCGCAACUCUCGCCCGCCGCCGUCUUCGUCGAGGUGACGCCGUGGGCGGCCGCCUGGCUCGGCCCCUUCGCCUCGGUUGCGGCCUCCAUUCGCCUGCGCAGGCUGCAGCUCUGCAGCCUGCGGCCGCCAGGCGAGAGGAGCGGGCUCGCCGAGGCGCAGUGCGGCAGAGACCAAAGGCGCGACGUGGGCUGUCUCUACAACGCGAUGAACUGCUACGAGCAGGAGGUCGUGUCACGAAAUGGCACGUCGCCGUGUGCGAAAGGGCAGGGCCGCUGCCGGUGCAUCGGGCCAGCGCUGCGCCAGGCGGUGGCGUGGGCCAAGGAGGCCAGGGUGGCGUUGGGCGCUGCGGGGAUUGCUGAGCAGCGCACGAGCGGCCGGCCGCUGCCGCGCCGCUCUGCCCUUGCUCGACCGUGGGUUAGGUCGUCCUGA